AUGAAUCCGCCUCCAGCANAANAGGCUCGCCUGACGACAGCAUGUAAUGAAUGCCGACGGCGGAAGGUCAAAUGCGACGCCAACUAUCCAAAGUGUUCGAAUUGUUGCACUAGGAACUCUGAGUGCUUUACGAGUGACCCCAAACGACCAGAUGUCCCAGUCAUCCGCGAGUGGGUCGAAGUACCAGAGAAGCCGACUACUCAGACUCAGCCCUUACUCGCAGCGCAAAGUCAACUUACGACAAUACCUUCGGAACCGGAUGGAUCUAGUCGCGACAUUCUUGGGCCGAACCACCUUCAAUCUAACAUUACGCAACAUCCUGCAACCUCUCCCCCAAUACAUAACAAUCACACGCCAACCGUCAAUGGCAAUUUGGGAACCCCUGUCGUCACAGAGACGACCAAUGUCUCGCCAGUACAACAGCCACAUGACAUGACUUUCAACCUUGACUUUGUGAACAACAGAUUCAAAAUGCUAGGGGCCAGUAGCGGUCAAUGCUUGACCAAGUCACUAGAUGUCUAUCUCAAAUCUUACAACGUAGAACCAGUUUCUGCCUUGUUUCGGCACGGAAUGCAGCACGCCGAAGAGAUGGACUUGCCUCUAUCACUCGACCUGACACCUUUCCCGGACUACAAUACAAGACAGACUUUCAUGGAUGCCUACUUUACUCGUAUACAUGUAUACUACCCCAUCACCGAUGUUGAUGAGACCAAAGCCAUGGUCCACCGAAUUGCGCCGCUACCAGAUCUCAAGUCUGUCUCAUAUACCAAGGUUCCAUUUCUCGCGAUAGCUUAUCUCCUGAUGAGUCUAGGCGCGGAUGAGGCCAAUGGUGGUCCAUCAGAUCUUGGCACGAGAUAUCUCAAGGUUGGCGCGGUACUCGCUGGUCAUGCCGUGAAUUAUCCCUACUUGACCACAGUGCAAUCUCUUCUCCUUCUUGCUAUAUGUUACCGAGGCCGCAAUAAAGAUGGUCUAGGCUGGGCAGCUACUGGAUCAGCAGUCAGAAUAGCGCAAUCUAUGGGACUGCACCGACAUUCUGCUGCGAAACCAUCGGAUCAGCAUGGCAUUCAACGUCGAGAUCAACAGCUCUUUCACGCCCGAAUAUGGGCCAUCUGCUGCUGCCUAGAGAAGACCGCCCAACUCGAAUGUGGAAGACCAUCCGCCAUCAACGUGGUGAACACUGAUUCGAUGAUGAUGUCCGCACAGAAAGCACCGGGGCACAACUAUCUAGCAUUCAACAUGGCUCUGGCAGAAGUGCAGCAUGAUAUAUCCACACAUCUGUAUGAACAUCAGCCUGGUGAAAGAACGGCAAAACAAAUCUUGCUGGACACCGCUCGCUUGGACAAGAAACUCCUACUGUGGCCCAACAUGGUGCCUGCCGAACUCCGCCCCGGCAAUGAUAUCCUCUGUGGAGAUGAUCAAUACCAUCUCGCCGCGAUUUUGUCUUUCCAAUACCAUCAAGCUGUCAUUGCUGUACAUCGAGCCGCAUUGAUACAGCCCCUGGCAGCUCUGCAGCGUGAGAUUGACAAGGUUUUGCCAGACAAUGACGCUCGAUACAGACUCAAGGGCGGUGAAGCGAUUUGUGUUAGCAGCGCCAGAGCUGUCGCCAGGCUUACAAUCGAGCUGCUGGAAAGAAAGAUCGACUCACGCCUUAUCAGCGCUGGGCCUGCAUUGUUGGCAUGUGUGGUGCUUGCUACAUAUAUCGUCAAGAAUCCAGGAGGCAGAAUGCAGCUUUCAGAUAUGGAGCUACUCAAAGCGGUCGCCGAAUGGAUGUCUGGUCAAUUCCGGAAGACCGGCAUGGACGAGAAUUUCUCCAACAGUGAGUUUGCCCUUGGCGACACGCUGAGAACACCACUACUGGGACCUGCAUCUACAAAGUCUCGGGCCAUACUGACAAUUUUUANNGGCGCAGCCAACAUAUGCAGAAGAGUUAUGGAAUGUCUGUCACGAUGGAAGUCAGCACAAGCCAAAUGGACAUCGCAAAAUCAACAACCGAACGAGUUGCGCAGUAUUCUGGGAAACUCAAGCAGCACAACAAGUCUCAGCAACCACACCAACAACACCAAUAGUAACAAUCACAACAUGAUGCAACCCUCACCAAUCAAUCACCACACCUCGAGCAGCAGCGGACAAAGCCAUCAAGCAGGAAUCUCUGGCGCUUCGAACUUGUCACCCGCAUCCAACAUAGUGAAUCGCGAACAUUCUACCAUGCAAAUUGCUAACAUCUUGCUCGACAAUGCAAGUCAUACCACUGUAAUGGGCAGUAUUGACGAAAAUCCCGAUAUAAGUGCCUUGCCGUUUGAAGGCUACAAUCUUGAGGAGUUGUGGGACUGGAUGGACUCGGGCGGUGACAUUGGAGAAUUUGAGAAUAUUGACUGGACGAACGGUACUGGAUUUGAGGAUCAUUAA